AAGUAUGGACAACACCAACCGAACCCCUCGUCUUGGUUUGUGCAGCGAUACAUACUCUUUGCUCGUCAUUGUUGGACAGCCCGGUCCGGCUGGAUUUGUGGAUUUACUGGCGUCAGAGAUUGAAAGAGGUAUACGCUCAUGGGACGUUGACCUAACUGCCUGCAACCUUGAUGAACAGCUCAAGCUUUUUAUUUCAAGACAUUCUGCUUUCUUCUCCGAGGACCUCAUAGAUCAGAAGACACUGCAGCACAAUGGAGAUUUACUCAAGACGCAGGUGAUAGUUAACCCAUCUUGUGCUUUAGUCUGUUCAGAGGUUCGUCGUCUAAUAUCUGAUACGUCUCUUCACAAGCUGCUAAUUCUCGCUGGGCAGUGUGUUGAAGUGACAGGAGACCUUGUGUUACAAACAGGGUCUUUUUCUCUAAAUGACUUCAUCCACAUAUUUUCAGAUGGAGAGAUUGGAGAUCUUCUUAGCUCUACAGACCCUACCCAAAAAGCCAGCCUAACUCUAAGCUACCCCAAAACUGGGAUGUGUUGGAAAAAUUCUCAGUUGGAAAAACAUAAUUUGCAAGAUUUUAUUGAAAUUAAAACCAACCCUUUGUUAUUGCUGCCAGAGAUGGAGGGCCUUCAAGAGUUCAUAGAGUAUCUAUCAGAGUCUCUCGAACCUCAGUCACCCUUCAAUUUGCUUGUGCCGCCCAGUACAGUGGGCUUCCUGAAACUGUCUCGUCCCUGCUGCUAUGUGUUUCCUGGGGGAAGAGGUGACAGUGCCUUCUUUGCUGUGAAUGGUUUCAAUGUCUUGGUCAAUGGAGGGUCUGAUCCACAUUCCUGUUUCUGGAAACUGGUGAGACAUCUAGACAGAGUUGACUCCAUAUUACUCACCCAUGUUGGUGUGGAUAAUCUACCUGGUAUAAACAGCCUUCUUCACAGAAAAGUUGCUGAAGAGGACUCUGCAGGAUCGCAGCUCAGUGAAGAUUGGCAAAAUAACCUGUUUUCUCCAGAAAUAGGGGUUGUAUUCCUCAACGCUUCAGAAAGAUUAAAAAAAAUUCAGAGUGACCCCAGGGUUCUUCGAAGUUGUGAUCAGGUUGCACUAACUUUACAGCAUUUAGAAAGUUUGUCGAUUUCUCCAGAACAGCUCAGUCGUUCAUCUGGCCCUGCUAUCGAGCCAGCAAUUCUCUUCCAGAAGAUGGGAGUAGGUCGACUAGAGCUUUUUGUACUCAAUCCAGUCAAAGGUAGCAAAGAACUAGAGCUUUUCUUGCAAACCUGGCCUAAUGUAAAAAUCUCAGAAAUCCCUCUAACUUGCAUGGUUUCCAUAUGUGCUCUGUUGGUAUGGCAUCCAUCUAAUCCUCGAGAAAAGAUCAUUCGUGUUCUAUUUCCUGGGUGCACACCAGAAUCCAAGAUCUUUGAUGGGUUGGAGAAGCUAAAACAUCUAGACUUCCUCAAGCACUCAGUGGUUAGUUUAAAGGAUCUUGAGGCAUCUAAAUUGGGUAAACAGCCAAAGCAUGCAGAGAGCAAGGAAAGUCUUAAGAGUGUUUCCAAAGAAGCUAGGCCUGUUAGUGCAUCGCUCAAAGACAAGGUAAGCAAAGUAGAUUUGACUAAACCGAAGACCAAAUCCACUAAUGAUACUGUUCCAAAAGAUGGGAAAGAGGUUGAGGAAAAAGUAAAGCCAAAAGGUGAUGUCAAGCAAAGACCUAAGCCUGAAAAACAAGUGACAAAGAAAGAUCCUGCAAAAGAAGAGAAGAAUGAAGUUAAGAAGAAAGAGGACAGGCCAUCAAUUAGUGUUGCAAAGAAAGAAGAUCAUUUUGAGAAAAAGAAAGAACCCUUGAAAAAAUUUAUUUGUGCAAAGCCCAAAAAAGAUAUUAAACCUGAAUUAAAAAAGGAGAUUAAGAAAGAAUUCAAACCAGAAGACAAAAAAACAACCAAAACACUUGGGAAGGAUGUUAAGAAAGCCACUGGAACUUUACCAGGCAAUUCAGUCUCUAGAACAUCAAUGGGGAGGAGUGGUUCACUAAAAAAAGAUUUGAUUGUCCCCAGAAGUGAUGCUUUAACCAAAGGGAAGCCAAUGCCACAUAAAAAGGAUCCCAGCAAUGUAAAAUCAGCAAGUGAAGUUGUAGCAGAUCGUUCAAAGAUGUCUACACCUGAGGACAUGACCACAGGAUUGGAAAAGUUGAGGAUGGAGAAUGAGCGAUUGAAGAAUGUUGAAGGCAACCAUUUAAAUUCAAGAACUGAAAGUGAUUUGCUGACGAAUGGCUCUAAGAUGGGGUCAAACGAAAGUCCAGAGACGUUUCGGAGUAUGUAUGGGCUUCCUGGCUCAAACAAUGCUAUUGAACCUCCCUUGCCGCUUGCAAAGACUCCAAAGAGUGAGAAAAGUGUCAAUUUUGAUCUUACACCAACAGAGCAUGAUGGAUGCCUAAAAGAGGAUGUCUGUGCAAGCUUGGAUGACAAAACCUUUGAGUUAGUUUCUCCUACAGACUCUGGAAAGAAUAGUGCAGGGCAUACCCCUUUCCUCCAUUCUCCUGAUUAUGCUGCUCAAAUCUCUGGUGAGGAUAGUGGUUUGAGAAUUAGGAUGUCUGGUCUCAGUGAAGACAAUCAGAUGGGUUCCCACAAGAACACUGUAGGAGGUGGCUCUAAAAUCAACUUGGAAAACAGCUCCAUAUCCUCACAAGACAGACAGUCAAGCUUUCUCUCUUCACUGUCUCUUAAGGAUACUGUGCCUGAUGCCUCUCCAAGCAUUACUUCCUUUCCUGCAGAAGUUGGCUCUCCACACUCCACUGAAGUAGAUGAUUCUUUAUCAGUUUCCUUUGAACAAGUAUUUUGUAAUGUGGCAUACACUAAUGGACAUUUAGCAGACCUUGACUCAAAAACAGAAAUUCCCUUGCCCUUAAAAACAUCUCAUAAUAGUCACCACACAUAUGAUGGAUCAGAAAAUCACAUCUUUGGACCACAAAGUGACAUGCUUCCACAUGAUGUCGACCUAUGCCUGGUCUCACCUUGUGAGUUCAGGCAUCACAAAUCUCUGGAGAACCAACAGGGACAGUCUCCUGAGAUUGUUGUGCCAUGUCCUGACCUUUCUGAGGAGCCAGUUAGAUUGCCCUACCAAUGCAAUAAUAGUGAUCAUCAGUCACUUGAAGGUCAAGAGACCAUAACGUCCUCUGUUAGUGUCUCUCUGAUCUCAGUUUCUGAUUCUGACGUCCUACCAGCCACUGGAGAGUGUCCUUCAAUUAGUGAGGACUUAGAAUCUGAUGAGGACGUUGGUGAGAUUUUUCCACCCCACCAUCCCAGCAAUCAUUCAUUCCACUGUGAUUCCCAGCAUGCCUCUGAAGACCCUCCACCUGCUCCAAUGAAAGAUUUACCUCCACUGCCACCUCAGCCUGGUGCCUGCAUGGUUGACCCAGAGGCUGAUGGUCAAAGCAAAUCUUCCAAGAAUGUAACGUCAAAUGCCAAGAAAACAGCGAAUGCAUCAACAAAGACAGCAUUUGCAAAUAUCACAACACAGAGCGGGAAGACAAAGACUGCUACACAGGCAUCUGCCAGUGGAACCAUUCGAGUAAUAUCUAGUCUGGAUAACAGGCCUGCAUCCCGCAGUGCCAUCAGUGGAUCUAGACCAGCACCUUUAAAGUCCUCCAGUUCUGCGAAUUCAAGUUCAGUACCUGUCUAUUUGGACCUGGCAUAUUUGCCCUCUGGUUCAGCAGCUCACACUGUUGAUGUGGAGUUUUUCCGGCGUCUACGCUCCUCCUGCUAUAUAAUUAGUGGAUCUGAACCACAAAAGAAAACAGUCAUGAGAUCUAUUCUAGACUCUCUUUUAGAGGGGAAAGCAUCCUGGCCUGAUGUGAAGGUUACCCUGAUCCCCACCUAUGAUUCGCUGACCAUGCACGACUGGUACCAGGAGACCCAUGAGCGCCAGAGAGAUCUGGGAAUCACAGUACUGGGCAGCAACAGCACUGUGGCCAUGCAGGACGAGACCUUCCCAGCAUGUAAAGUGGAGUUUUAAACACACCCCUGCCUUUCACUAGAGCACUUCUGUUCAACUGCAAAACAAUGUGCUAAGAUUCUUCACAGUGAGAAAUUGUAUCUUGAGCAGCAGGAUGAAGAAUUUCUAGUUUAUUUAUUAACGGUUUGGAAUACGUGACUGCCGCUCUAGUAAGCAAGCAGUCAAAUUGUUUGAACUUUUUCAGAAAUGUAUUAGGAAUAAUUAACACAAUGAAACUUUUGUCGAAAUUCACCGUUGCCGUCCCAAACUUGUAUGAUUGUAUGUGACCAGUACAUUUUUCAGGAUUUCCCCUCUUGUGUUCCAAGGUACAAAGUCAUAAGGGUUUGGAACGACAUGAUUUGGGGUAAGAAAUGGGUGAGCCUUUAUUAUUUUUGUGUUGCUGCAUAAAAUUUUAUGGCUUUUGUGUGAAGAGGAUAGACAAUGUUGCUGUGUAUUUUUUAUGGCAAGUUUAGUAAUUUUACAUUUGCCUGUGUUAUUGUAUGUCAUUUGUUGCUGCUUGUGGAUGUUCAGGCAUGUUGGUCAAGAUUCAUCUGAACAAUUGACCAUAUCUUGUGUUUCUACAUUAUUACUUGCACAUUUUGUAUGUUCUUUGGAAAGACUGAUUGAACAGAGUUAUACAUGAUAACAUUCGGUGAGUCAGUAAACUACAGAUAUAUCAUUGUGAGUUAUUUUAAAAAGUUUUCUCCCUUUUUUUUUUACUGUCACAGUGAUUAAACGGAAAGAGCAACAAUUUUAAUUAUAUAAUGACUUUCCUGGUAUUGGAAACAUUUUAUGUAAUGCCCUUGCAUUAGCUAAAUUGAUCAUGGUAUACAGGCUAUUGUGUGACUUGUGUAACAAUGUAUCUGGAAAAAUAUGUUUUCAUUGAGUAAGUGGAAUGAACUAUUACACAUUUUUCCUGUUAUGGUGAAAGUUUGUGCAAUUCCAUUUAAUAUGGAUUAUUCAACAAUAUUGGACAACUUUCUUUUCCCAAAAUUAGCUAUACAGGCUAGAAAAACAUUUCUAUGUUUACCAGAAAUUAUACUAUAGUUAAGGCACAUUUGGCUAAAAUCUUUAUUUUAAAAAUGUAAAGCAUGAAAAAUUGCUCUUUUUUUAGAGCAUCAAAUGCAGUCGGACACUAUGUAGGAAGGAGUAUAGAUGAAAAUAUACUCUUAUGUUGUUAAACCCAAGUGACUUUCUUAUUCUGCAUAUAUCGAGAGUGCAACAUAGGGGUGUAAAUCGGACGUUUCAUCACGAUACGAUCUUGAAUCGAUUCUAUUGGCCUGUGUGCCGAUAAUUGCUGAUACUUCAAAGUCUGAUGCAAUACAAAUCGAUUUAGGGCCCUGCAAUUGAUAUUAUGUGCCUAUUUUACACAAUUAAAAUGUUUUGCCCUCAAAUGCAACCAAAUUAUAAUUUGAUUAUUUUAUUCAGCUCUCUGUAUCCACAUUGUGACAAAAUAAAGUACUUCAGAUGUUGAGAAAUAUUCCACAGAUAAAUAAUAUAAAAAAUAGUCACAGUAAGUGAUCAUUACUGAUUUGAUGACAGCUAAUUGUUCAGUUUAGUCCAUUUCAUGACUUGUUUCCAACUAUCCAUUCUAUCUGUGGUUUUCUUGACUACAACUUCCACAGUUGUAAUGACAUUUUUUUAUAAUGUAAUAUGGUUGCUUCAUCGGAUAUGCGUACAGAUGUGGCUGACAUGAGAGUAUUAAAAUAAAGGUACAUCUUACAUUUCUAAAUCGAUAUUUAUGCGUUGUAUCGAUAACAUCGGAUAGUUGGUUAUUGGCUUGAUGGAUCGUUACACCCCUAUGGUUAUUCAGCAUAGACCUUUAUAUCUUUUUUUUUUCUCCAAUUACUUGCCUCCCUUUGUCAAAAAAUGGAAUUAGUAUACAAAGAUGAAUGCCUUAUUGCUCUACCGUCAAUCAAAAAACACUAAAGAAGCAUUUGAUAUAUGACACUUUAUUUGAAAAGUUAAUAUUUUAGUGCUUUUUGUUGAUCACCUUUUUUUUUAUUUUUAUUUUUUUUUGUCAGUGUACAUUAUAAUAGCAAUUGCUGCUAUACACUCCAAAUUAUUAUUAUUUGUUAUGGUCGUCAAGGUGUGCCAUGCUCAGCAUAGAAUAUUUCUUGUUUGUGUGGACCUAAAUGAAAAUUACUUAUUCAAAGUUGCACUUUUUCAUGUCUGAGCCCACAUUAUUUUCUGUGGUACAAUUAGUUUUAGAAGCAUUGGUUUUGUUGUUUACAUGUAUUUUUGUUAUCAUUAUAAUAAAACCAGCCAAAAAUAGAAAUAAAAAUAUAUCUUGCCAUGCUUGUGUUUAAAGUCACUAACAUGCUUAAAUGUUUCAGGACUGAAUUUUGAAAUAUUUGCAUAUUUUGUCAAAUAAAGCUGAUAAUUUAAGUAUUAGCACAGUUAUUUUGUACCUAUUGAAGUGAUGUAAGGGCUCAUUGGUGGGCUAAAUGGUGGAUGUCCUUUGGUCUGAUCUAAAAGUCUUUAAUUUAAUUUUGCUCCAAUUUAAGUACUUUUUUUUUUUUCGUCAUGUGCCAGAUGAUGUACUGCGGAGGUAUCUGCUUCAAAACAUAGGGGUAUUCAUUUUUCAUUGAUCAUUUCUUUAUAUUAAAAAAAUCCUUAUAUUA